CCGGCCGCCUCCGCCUACGCUACUAUCCACCACCUCCGUUGCUGCUGCUGCCAGUGCUGUCUCUUUCCGUCCGCUGCAAGCAAAGUAAUUGGAGAGCGCAGAAUCUAAUUAGAAGGUUUUAUUGGUUCCUGACUGUUCUUAAUCUGUGCAUUUAUGUCUUCUUCUUCAUCAUCUUCUAAAGAAACCGAUAGCACGCCCGAUACACCAUCAUCACCGAAGAGUGUGUUCAAGGAUCCCGACGAUGGACGGCAGAGGUUUUUGCUGGAGAUGGAAUUUGUGCAAUGUCUAGCUAAUCCUACUUAUAUACACUAUUUGGCUCAAAAUCGUUAUUUUGACGAUGAAGCGUUUAUUGGCUACUUAAAGUACCUUCAGUACUGGCAAAGACCCGAGUACAUCAAGUUUAUAAUGUAUCCUCAUUGCUUAUUUUUUCUCGAAUUGCUUCAAAAUGCAAGCUUUCGCAAUGCAAUGGCACACCCCGGCAGCAAGGAGGUGGCUCAUAGACAGCAAUUCUUCUUCUGGAAGAACUAUAGAAACAAUCGAUUGAAGCACAUUUUACCGAGACCGCUUCCUGAACCUGCUCCUCCAGCUCCGGUGCAACAAUUACCACCCGUUCCUCCUCCAACAACCAUAUCCACUCCGGCCUCUGCAAUUUCUCCCAUGCCAUAUGGAUCUGCUCUUGCCAAAAAUGACAUGAGAAGUAGCGGAACUGAUCGGAGGAAAAGAAAGAAAAAUGAAUGAAGCUUCUAAAUUGUAACGGUCCACACAUCACCGACCUUUUUAUCUAUUUUUAUUUAUAUAAAUAUAUAAUUUUAUUUUAGGGAUAACCUGACGUGGCAAGUCACAGCCCCGCCAACAAAGCAAAAGCUGGCAGCCUUUUUGAAACUUUCAGUCCACGGCAUUGCUGAGACGCUGCGAACGAAAACGCCUUAUCUUUUAUGGUUGUGAGCUGGGUCAAAGCCAACAAAAGCAUGCUAUAAUCUCACGUGGAUUAAAAUGAUUUGCAAGGCAGUUGACUAAUAAUCGUGGUGUAAUGUCGUGUAUUAAUAUUUGAAUAAUUAAACGGAAUGGAAGUUUUGUUGAGUGUGUAUUUGGUGAAGGUUGAUGAGAUCCAAGGGUCAAGGUAAAUCAAGGGUCCAGAUUUUCCAUUAAAUAUGGAUACCUUUAGUGUACAAAAUUACAAAACAGUCAAAUUUGCGAAUUUUGGCACUAUCAUUUUCUAA